GGCCGGGACGCUCCCUCGCGGCGGCUCCCAGCCUCUGUGACGACACCGCCGCCGGGCGCGCGUCACAUCCGGCCUAAGGCUCCGCCCCUGCCUGCGUCGGUUUGACAACAUUGUUGUGCCUGUGAACUGACACUGUAACUCUUAAGCAAUUCCCCGGCCUCCCUCUCUUGGGAGCUGUGUGGGUGCUGACACCCAGCCGCUUCUAUGCCAAUGAAGUACAUCCUGGUCACUGGCGGGGUCAUCUCUGGCAUUGGUAAAGGGGUCAUCGCCAGCAGUAUCGGGAUGAUCCUGAAAUCAUGUGGACUUCGAGUGACUGCCAUCAAGAUCGACCCCUAUAUUAACAUCGACGCGGGCACUUUUUCACCAUAUGAACAUGGUGAAGUGUUCGUCUUAAAUGAUGGUGGGGAAGUUGAUGUAGACCUCGGGAAUUAUGAGAGAUUCUUGGAUGUCAAUCUUUGUAAAGAUAACAACAUCACUGCCGGCAAGAUCUAUCAGCAUGUGAUCAAUAAAGAGAGGCGUGGGGACUACGUGGGCAAAACUGUGCAAGUUGUCCCGCACAUUACUGAUGCUAUCCAGGAAUGGGUUAUGAAUCAAGCCAAGGUGUCCGUGGAUGAUCGUAAGGAAGAACCCCAGAUAUGCGUUAUUGAGCUGGGAGGCACCAUUGGAGACAUUGAAGGAAUGCCAUUCGUGGAAGCAUUCAGACAGUUCCAGUUUAAAGCAAAAAGGGAGAACUUCUGUACCAUUCACGUCAGCCUUGUCCCACAGCCCAGUGCUACCGGAGAACAAAAAACCAAACCCACCCAGAUCAGUGUCCGUGCGCUGAGGGGGCUCGGCCUGUCUCCCGAUCUGAUCAUCUGCCGCAGUUCGACGCCCAUAGAGAUGCCCGUCAAGGAGAAGAUUUCCAUGUUUUGUCACGUGAAGCCUGAACAGGUCAUCUGUAUCCAUGAUGUUUCUUCUACAUACCGAGUGCCUAUGCUGCUAGAGGGACAAGGCGUCAUUAAGUAUUUUAAAGAGCGAUUGAGCCUGCCUAUUGGUGAUUCUGAAACUCAUUUGCUUUUCAAGUGGAGAAACAUGGCUGACAGAUAUGACAAGUUGCAGAAGGCAUGCACCAUAGCCCUGGUUGGCAAAUACACCAAGCUCAGGGACUGCUACUCCUCCGUGUUCAAAGCCCUGGAGCACUCGGCCUUGGCCAUCAACCACAAGCUGAAUCUGAUGUACAUAGACUCCCUCGAUCUGGAGCAGAUCACCAAAGCCGAGGACCCAGUGAAGUUCCAUGAAGCUUGGAAGAAGCUGUGCAAAGCUGAUGGUAUUCUCGUGCCUGGAGGCUUUGGAACCAGAGGAACAUUGGGAAAACUCCAGGCCAUUUCUUUGGCAAGAGCAAAGAAGAUUCCUUUUCUGGGAAUUUGCCUUGGGAUGCAACUAGCAGUGAUUGAGUUUGCAAGAAACUGCCUCAACUUGAAAGAUGCUGAUUCCACUGAAUUUGAGCCAAAUGCCUCCGUGCCUUUGGUGAUUGAUAUGCCGGAGCACAACCCUGGACAGCUGGAAGGAACAAUGAGGCUGGGAAGCCGAAGGACCGUCUUCAGAACUGAAGAUUCAAUAUUGAGAAAACUUUAUGGCGAUGUUCCUUUUAUAGAGGAAAGACACAGACAUCGUUAUGAGGUGAACCCUAAGAUGAUCAGCCAAUUUGAGCAGAAAGGUUUAAAUUUCGUUGGUCAGGAUGUUGAUGGAAAAAGAAUGGAAAUCAUUGAACUGGCAAAUCAUCCUUAUUUUGUUGGUGUCCAAUUCCAUCCUGAGUUUUCUUCUAGGCCGCUGAAGCCUUCCCCUCCCUACCUGGGGCUGUUGCUCGCAGCAACGGGGAACUUGAAUGCCUACAUGCAGCAGGGCUGCCAGCUGGCUUCCAGUGACAGGUACAGUGAUGUCAGCGAUGACAGCUAUUCAGAUCCCGGGAUAGUUGACUUGGAAAUGAAUUGAGCUGGAUGUGUGACUCAGAAAGAUGGUGGCCUCCUGCACAGCCUCUGGAGUAAUUGAAAUCAAGAUGCAAGAACAGUACGAAGAAAUCACUGUACUGUUAUAGACUGACCCUGUUCUCUACCAGCCAUGGGAUCCAAAGUCUCAAAGGGCAUCUCAAAACACAUGCCUCCAAGAGCCAACACCAACAGGGUAUUUUUCUUUUCUGUCCCAGGGGCAGUCUUUGGUUGUCACAAAUUUCUGCAGUCAAUUAAAUUUCUCCCAACAAUCUCGUGGGGGAGAAAGUGUGUUUUGUCCAGGGUGUCACGAUGCCAAGAUGAUGAGCAAGGGGUCUUGGUAACUGGGCCAUCGCGGUGCUGUAUGGGACAGGUUGGCAGGGUAGAUGGAGGCACUAAUUUUGAGUCCGAAAUUAGUUUGUUACCUGGAGUUCAAGCACACAUUUGUGUGUGGCUCAUGGUUAUUCUAAUUUCUGCCAUGUUGUUCAAACGAAAACUUAAGAGGCGCAAGAAUGUGCACUGUUAAAAAAUGGCCUUCCUCGCAAGUAUAAAAUUAAAAGACAUUUAAAAAAACAGCUCAGGAAUUAAGGUCAAUUAUAUAUAUAUUCUUUUGAGGUGAAUUCACAUAACAUAGAACUAGCCAUGUUAAACUGAACAGUUAAUAGCAUUCACUGAUGUACAACCACCAUCAUUAUCUGUUUCCAAGACAGUUUCAUCACUUCAAAAUAAACCCCUAUACCCGUUACUUGUUGUUUUCCAUUCCCCAUCCUUUGGCAACCACCAAUUGCCUUUUAUUUCCAUGGAUUUUCCUAUUAUGAAUAAUUCGUAUAUGUGGAAUCUGGCAAUAUGUGUGGCCUUUUUGGUCUGUUUUUUUUUUUCAUGUGGCAUAAUGGUUUCAAGGUUCAAUUCUGUUGUAGCAUGUAUCAGAAUGGCAUCCCUUUUUAUAACUGAAUAAAAGUCCAUUUUCUGCA